CUCGGUAUAGACUGUUACGCCGUUGCUUCUCUUAUUAUUCGUUUUGCCCACAAGAAAGAUGUCGGGGAAGGGCGGAAGCGGUGUAAGCAGUCACGUGACCACACAGUCCCGUGUCCUGAUGUCUGCAGCCUAGAGUUAUGUGUACGUUGCACGGCUCGUCACGAUGCAAGGAGUAAAGAUAACACGGUUAUGGUAACACAGCUGGACAAAACCCACAAGUCAGGUUCAAAGACAUAAGUGCAGUCAUCAUUGAUCUGACACCAUGGCUUCAAUGAUGGAUGACGAUGAAGGCUCACCAUUGUUGCGAUCCUCAGAUCAUAGAGUUGUGGAAACCCAACAAGAGCAUAACAGCAGAUGGUGGUCCAUCCGAGUCAUGUACCUUACCAUGUUCCUCAGCAGUGUAGGGUUUUCAAUUGUGAUGACAUCAAUUUGGCCAUAUCUUCAAAAGAUCGACCCAAGCACUGAUACAAGCUUUCUUGGCUGGGUUAUAGCUUCCUAUAGUUUAGGACAGAUGGUUGCUUCGCCUUUGUUUGGUGUGUGGUCUAACCACAGGCCAAGAAGAGAACCCCUUGUGGUGUCCAUAUCUAUACUGGUAGUAGCCAGCUGCUUUUAUGCCUAUGUGCAUGUACCUGCCUCACACAACAAGUAUUACAUGCUCAUUUCUCGAGCAUUAGUUGGUUUUGGAUCAGGAAAUGUAGCAGUUGUUCGAUCAUAUGUCGCUGGUGCCACCUCCCUAUCAGAACGGACAAGUGCCAUGGCUAACAUUAGUGCUUUUCAAGCCCUUGGGUUUAUCCUCGGUCCUGCAUUCCAGGCGGCAUUUACAUUAAUCGGAGAAGAAGGAGUAACCGUCAAAGCCAUCGACCUUCAAGUAAACAUGUACACUGCGCCAUCUCUUAUGGGUGCGUUCCUUGGCAUUGUGAACAUCAUUUUGAUCUUUUCAGUAUUCAGAGAUCACCGAGUUGAUGAUCAUGGAAGGCACUUAGGAAGUAUAAACUAUGAGUCUGAAGGCACCGAUACAGCAAAUGAUUGUGAACAACCAGUUGACCAGAUUGCAGUAAUCUCUUCAAAUAUUAUUUUCUUCAUUAUUUUAUUCAUAUUUGCCAUUUUUGAGACGAUCGCCACCCCACUGACAAUGGACAUGUAUGCAUGGACCAGGACACAAGCUGUGUUCUACAACGGAAUUAUCCUGGCCGCAGUUGGCGCUGAGUCAGUUAUAGUGUUCAUCAUGGUGAAAACUCUUUCUAAAAAGACUGGAGAACGAAUUCUGCUCCUUGGGGGAUUGGUUGCUAUUUGGAUUGGAUUUUUCAUUUUGUUACCUUGGGGAAAUCGGUAUCCCAGCAUACAGUGGCAAGACAUCCAGAAUACAACCAAAAAUAAUUCAACCUUCUUGGUUUCAAAUCUCUUGGCUUCCGGAAAUCACACGGUAGAACCUACAGGCUGUCCAGCGACUCAGUCCUGGUGUUUCUAUACACCCGUUAUCUACUUAGCUCAGUAUAUCACGUCUGACAUUUUGAUUGGUCUGGGCUAUCCAGUCUGUAAUGUCAUGUGUUACACUUUGUACUCUAAAGUUAUUGGCCCCAAACCACAGGGUGUCUAUAUGGGAUGGCUAACUGCUGCUGGGAGUGCAGCUCGAACGCUGGGACCUGUGUUUGUCAGCGAAAUCUAUACACACCUAGGACCCAGAUGGAUAUUUGGAAUAAUUUGUGGCAUUGUAGCAUGUUCUCUUUUACAUUUAGCAGCGGUUUACAAAAGACUUAUUGCCUUCUCUGUACGAUAUGGCAGAAUACAUGAAUGAUCUGCAUUCCAGCAAAGAACAAAAGACUUUUGUCUUAGUGGGUACAAAAUUAAGUAGGGUAAAUUUCAGUGUAAGAAUAAUUGACUGCAAUGAGGUGACUUCUUAGAGAAAAAAAAUCAUUCAUGAUGAAGACUUAUUUCCCUUAUCUGAAAUGCAACUCAUUUUAAAUAGAAAAGAAAGAAAAUGUAUGGA